AUGUCGUCGUCUCCAAAGACUAUACCAUCAACUUCGAAAUUAUUACAAUACCGUCCACCAUACCCUUACACUUCCUCUUUAAGGGAGUUGAUUAUUUCAAAUAAUAAACCUCUUAAUGGAUUUAUCAUUUAUAGGAAAGCAUAUCAUAACAUAAUUAAAAAACAAGUUGGUUACUUGAAAAUCAAUCACCUCUCCUUUAUCGUGUUUAGAUUGUGGAAACAAGAACCUAUGGAAACCAAAUUACAUUACUGUGAUUUAGCUAGAAAGGUUGGAACUAUGAGAUUCUAUCCAAGAAUUUCUAUUAGAAGAAACGAUAAUAAUGAUGUUGUUGAUGUUGAUAAUAAGCAACAACCCGCAUCAUCGAUUCAACAGAAUCCUCCUCCUCCUACUCCGUCUUGUGUACCGCAAAAUAAUACUCGUCGGUUUGAUGAAAAUUCUCGAGCUUAUAUUGAUUUUAAAGAGUUGGAAUUGCAUAUGAAUCAAGGAAUCACUUUUCCACAAACUACUCCUUCUGUAUUUGAAGUUUCUUCCUUUGGAACCUCUUUUGUUUAA